AUGUAUGAAGUUGGGAGAGACAGGGAGUGUGUCCCGUCUGCCAAGACUUCAGAUAUUGCCAGAAGAGAUAAAGACACAUCUGCCUGUACCCAGAUAAGUUGUUUCUCUCCGAGUUCUUUCUCCUGGCGCCAGGCUGCCUUUGUGGAUUCUUAUUGUUGGGCUGCAGUUCAGCAGAAGGGCUCCCUGCCGAGCGGGUCUGGAAACCUGCCACUGUGGCUGCACAAGUUUUUCCCCUACAUCCUAUUGUUAUUUGCAAUCCUCCUGUACCUGCCUGCAUUGUUCUGGCGCUUCACAGCUGCUCCUCACCUUUGCUCAGACUUGAAGUUUAUCAUGGAAGAACUUGACAAAGUUUACAACCGCGCAAUUAAGGCCGCCAAGAGUGCACGUGACCUGGACCUGAGAGAUGGUGCCUGCCCCGUUCCUGGUGUUAAGGAGACUCUAGGGCAAAGUUUGUGGGAAAUAUCCGAAAGUCACUUCAAGUACCCAAUUGUAGAGCAAUACUUGAAGACAAAGAAAAACUCUAAUAAUUUAAUCUUCAAGUAUAUCAGCUGCCGGCUAGUGACACUCAUAAUCAUAUUGUCAGCAAGUGUCUACCUGAGCUAUUACUUCAGCCUGUCCUCGCUCUCAGAUGAGUUUGUAUGCAGCAUCAAGUCAGGAAUCCUGAGAAAUGACAGCGCCAUCCCUGAUCAGUUCCAGUGUAAACUUAUUGCAGUCGGCAUCUUCCAGCUGCUCAGCUUCAUUAACCUCAUGGUGUAUGUUCUGUUGGCUCCUGUGGUAAUCUACACGCUGUUGGUUCCCUUUCGGCAGAAGACAGAUAUUCUCAAAGUAUAUGAGAUCCUGCCCACAUUUGAUGUCCUGCAUUUCAAAUCUGAAGGGUACAAUGACUUGAGCCUCUACAAUCUCUUCUUGGAGGAAAAUAUCAGUGAACUCAAAUCAUACAAGUGCCUGAAGGUACUGGAGAAUAUUAAAAGCAAUGGUCAAGGGAUUGAUCCAAUGCUACUUCUUACCAAUCUUGGUAUGAUCAAGAUGGAUAUUGUGGAUGGCAAAAUGCCCAAGUCAGCAGAAACCAAGGAAGAGGAGCAGCAGAGCCAAAUUGCUGAGCUCACAGAUUUGAACCUGCACAAUGAAACUAAAGCAAAUAAUGAAGAGAAGAAUGCUCGCCAGAGACUUCUGAAUUCUUCCUGCUAAAGUUUUGUUUUGAAGAGGAAAUCCCUUCAAAUCUCUUGGCUAAGGCACCUCUGUUGGGGUCACAGCUGGUACAGAAAGUGGCAUUUGGUAGAAAUAGUCUCUCAUGAACACAAUGGUCAACAAAUGUUAUAAAAGAAGCAACAUACAAUAUACAAGAAGCAGCAUUAAACUAGCAAGCCAUAUGUAUGUGUGUCCUCAUCGAUGAGCCGUGGAAGAACUAGGAAGAAUGGCAAAGGGCCUUUUAGAGCUUUGAAGAGACAACUUUCUCUGCCAACAGUACAAGACAUAGAGCUACUUGAAAUAAGCAAAAGAUUUGUUUUGCUUUAUGAAAUAAUAAUAAACAUAUCAAAACUAGA